AUCAAUAAAGUCCCUAGUUUCCGCUUCCUCACAAUCUUGAUUCCUAAUGUGUUACUUGUGAUAAAAUUAAUUAAUUAGAUUGAUUUUGUUGUUUAAAAUCCAACCUUAUUGAUUUUACAUCUUUCUCAAAAUGACUUGUAAGCGUAGAAAUAAUGGUCGAUCUAAACAUGGACGAGGACAUGUUGAUCCAGUUAGGUGUGACAACUGUGCUCGAUGUGUUCCAAAGGACAAAGCUAUUAAGAAGUUUGUGGUUAGGAACAUUGUUGAGGCUGCCGCCGUUAGAGAUAUUACCGAUGCCUCCGUAUAUGAAACUUAUCCCUUACCAAAAUUAUAUGCUAAAAUUUAUUAUUGUGUCUCCUGUGCUAUCCACAGUAAAAUUGUGAGAAACAGAAGCAAGGAAGAUCGGAAAAUCCGAACUCCACCACCACGAUUUUCUGGAGCUAGACCUGGACCAAAAGAAGGAGCUAACGCUAACCGUACUGGAGCCAAGUAAACAUCCACAAGUAAUUGUAGUAGCGGUUAAAUUAAUAAAAUGACUUGUUUCUAA